AUGUCGACAAAUAUCAUUAAGCUAAAGGAGGAGUUGCACAGCGGGGACCAUGUCGAUGUUCACCAUUCUGAGGUCUUGCCUAAACAGGAUCUCUUAAUGACUGAUGCCAUCGAUGGCGAGAACCGGGAGCAUGAGAUGGGCUUAUGGGAGACGGUUAAGAGCCACCCCUGGGCUUGCUUGUGGGCAUUUACCAUUGCUUUACUAUUGAUAACAGCUAAUGCUAGUCAGGUCAUGGAAUCGUUCGACUUGUUUCUCAACGGUAACUUCGUCGCUCUUCCCGCUUUUCGAAGAACGUACGGUGUCAAAGUGGAUGGCAGUUAUACCAUCCCAACCCGAUGGCAGAGCGCCCUCUCCCAAUCCGGUAAAUGUGGUGCUUUUAUUGGUGUCUUCUUGGCUGGACCGAUCACCGACCGUCUCGGCUACCGCUGGACUACCAUCUUGGCCCUGAUUCUUAUAAACGCCGCGAUUUUCGUUUCUUUCUUUGCCGACUCGCUCGCCGUCCUUGUGGUCGGACAAGCGCUAGAAGGUGUUCCUUGGGGAAUCUUCAUUGCCAACGCCCCUGCCUACGCCAGCGAGAUUGUUCCUCUCGCCCUCCGAGGUGCCUGUACGGCUACUCUGCAAAUGAGCUGGUCUAUCGGUUCGAUUUUGGCCGCGGCCGCUACUUUAGGAUAUAAUAAGCAAGCCGAUCAGUGGGCUUGGCGAGUGCCUCUCGCCUUACAAUGGAUCUUCCCUACGCCCCUUGUGAUCCUUAUUUUUCUUGCCCCCGAAUCUCCAUGGUGGCUUAUCCGUCGCGGACGCAAAAGGGAGGCCCUUCACUCUAUCGAGCGCCUCGGUAGUGAAUCCGCAGAGCAUGCUCAACAAUCGCUUGCCAUGAUGGAGCGGACGAUUGAGAACAGCGCUGAGAUAGACGGUAUCCCGGCUAUCUUCGACCUAUUUAAGGGUACCGAUCUAAGGCGAACAAUUAUCACCUGUUUGAUGUACGCGUCACAGAAUUUCGCUGGUAAUCUGAUUGCUAGCCAGGCAACAUUUUUCUUCGAGCAAGCUGGUAUCUCGUCCGACCGUUCUUUUCAGCUUAAUCUGAUUAACUCAUGUCUUCAAUUCGUUGCUAAUGCGCUCUCUUGGUUCCUUACCGCCUGGUUCGGUCGUCGAACCAUCUAUCUCUGGGGCACAGCCACUAAUAUCACCCUGCUUUUCAUUCUCGGAAUCUGCGCCUCUAUCCCACAAAACAACUCCACCAACUACACCCAGGCCUGUCUGGGCAUCCUCAUCUCCUUCGUCUUCGCCGGUACGCUAGGACCGAUCUCGUACACGAUUAUUUCCGAGACGUCCUCGGUUCGUCUUCGGCCCUUGAGUACCGGCGUCGGCCGUGCCGCCUACUAUAUCGCAGAGAUCCCUAUGAUCUUUCUAGCCUCACAGAUGCUUAACCCGACGGGAUGGGACCUCGCGGGCAAGUGCGGCUACAUCUGGGGAGGUACGGCUUGCGUCUGCUGGAUUAUGGCCUACUUCUUUCUUCCUGAGCUCAAGCAUCGCUCCUACCGUGAAAGUGACAUCUUGUUCAACCGCAGGGUUUCUGCCAGAAAGUUUAAGUCGACCGUUAUUGACAUUCGGGAUAACGAGUAG